AUUAUAACAUUAAUCUUACUUAUUUCAAAAACAAUAAUAUCAAUUAUUUCUUUAGUUAUAGCUGUAUACAUUAAUUUAAUAUAUAAAAAUCCAACAAUUAUAUUAAUUUAUUUAAUUUUUUAUUCAAUUUAUCUAGCUAUAGCUCUAUUUAUAUCUAAUUCAUUAAAUUCAUUAUUAAUUAUAAUAACAUUAAUUGUUUUUUUAAGAGGAAUAUUAAUUAUAUUUUCCUAUUUUGUUUCAUUAAUAAAUGAACCAUUAAAAUUAAAAUUAAAAGCCAAUUUAGUUUAUAGAAUUUUUACUAUUUUUUUUCUUUCAUUAAAACUUUCAGAUUAUAUAACAAAAGAUAGAAAAUUAUGUGAAAUAUCUAUUAAAAAUAUAGAUAUUGAAAAUUUAUAUGAAGAAAUAAACUGUAUAUUAUUCCUAAUAAUAAUUUUUAUAUUAAUUUUAACAUUAUUUUUAAUAACAAAAAUAACUUAUAUUGAAAAAAAAACUUUACGUAAAAAAAAAUAA